GUCGCCUUAGAAAUUUCUUCUCUCCCAAAAAUGGAUGUCUUAAGACGGUCGGGCAAGGAAACCCGGUACGGAGGCAAGGAGAUAAUACCAGGAACCAAGUUUGGUCUCAAAUACAACAGCGCCAGGAGACGUACUCAAGAGAUGCCCACCACGAGCGAGGAGAGGCGACCUCUGGCAGAUAUCGGCAACAUUACCCAUCUUAGCUCUCAGACUCACGCUAGCACCUACGAGGAUGAAUUUAGCAGAUUCAUCAAGGACCAGGAUGAGGUAGAGGUAGAGGAGCAAGUUACGAAGGCUUCUAAAAACAUCCUAAAGAAGAGGAAAGAGUCUGCAAAAUAUUAG